AUGGAAAACAAGCGCGUCGAACGGGGACGAGUGGACCUCUCGGGGAGCUUUUUGAUCAGAUGUGAUGCCCUCAAUACCACAUUAGGAGGACUUCUACUUGGUUCGGCAAUGAAUCUUCAUCAGUCAUGGUGGCUGAUUUUCAGUUUGAUGUCCGCGCUUGGCAAUUUUUAUCUGAGUACAUGGGAAGAAUAUCACACUGGAACAUUAUAUCUUAGUUACUGCAGUGGGCCCGUGGAGGGCAUUCUGUUGAUCGUGUUCAUUUUCAUAGUAUCUGGCCGAUAUGGUGAUGCAGGGCCUGAAAUCUGGGAUCGCCGUAUAUCUGCCACGUUUCCGAGUGUCGCUUCUCUCCUGCCUUCUACAAUUGCGGAAUUAAGGCUGAACGAAUACUUUCUUGGUAUUGGUGCGGUGUUUCUUGUAUUCAAUAUUGUCAGCGGGGGAUUGAACGUCUUCCGCGCCUCCGGUGCACGGAAAAGGAGCACCGUUGUUGCUAUGCUGGGCCUUCUUCCCUUUGUUGCCUUCACUUUUGGCAUUUUCACGUGGCUGAAACUCUCGCCAUCUAUUCUAACGACGCAUCUAAUCCCCUUUUCGUUACUGGUCGGCUGUCUAUUUGGUCACCAAGUCGGAAAGAUGAUUAUCGCGCACGUCUGUCGGCGCUCAUUCCCAUACUUUGAUUUUCCGAUUUUCUUGAUCGUAACGAUCGGGAACUUGAGUGCCUUUGUUUUCCGUAAUUGGGAGCUUACGGAUGGUGCCAAUUCUGGUCCCGUCCUCCGUAGCGCUUUUCCCAAUGAGCUGUCUCACUGGCUUCAGGGUCUCUUGGAAAAACUCUUUGGUCACGUGGAAAGGAUUGAGGACGCUGCUUUCAUGGAAGGAACUAUUGUGCAUGUUCUGCUCUGUGUUGCCGUCUUUGCGUAUCUGAGAUUUGCGUUAAGGGUGAUUCACGAACUGUGCGAGAUCUUUGACUGUCAUUGCCUGAGGAUCAAGAAGAAAGUUAUCAAAGUUCAUGGAACUGCAAAGUUUCCGCAUGGAAAGGUUGGACGGGAGGGUACCCCUGGGAGGAUGGGGGAAGAAAAUCGAAAGUUGGAAUAG